AGAAACGAUGCCUGCUGUAUACGACUAAUCCUAUCAUCAACAUUCAUAACCAGUCAGAGAGUAUUUAAGUGACUGCCGGGCCGUGGAGCCUAACAGAAAAUAUCACAGCUUUUUACAUAUCGGUGUUUAACAGGUGAAUGGAAAUGCUACGAUUUUUCUUGUUACUCUUGUGUGUGUCUCCUUGUCUACUGACACAAACAACAGAGAGUGAAAAGUCUGGAUGCCAUGGCAACUCUAGCAAGCCACACGACUGGUCGACCACAAGCUGUGUGACUGACGACGAGUGCGAUGACACAAACGCUGUGUGCUACGUGGACAAGUGUCGAUGUCGACCAGGAUUGUUUUUCUCAGCGACUUAUACUUGCUCUGACACAUGCAGCACAGAAGACUUGCACAACACCUUCAUGGAGUAUCCAAACAGCGGCUUAAAGGGUCACAUUCUUGAGGUGAGGGCUGGACUUUGUUUGGAAGACUGCAAGAAACUGUGCCUGAAGAAUCAACGCUGCCUCACCUUUGAUUACAGAGCCGUACGAGGGCUCUGUGUGCUUCAUGACGUCACGGCGCUUGAGUCGCCCUCAGAGUGGUAUCCUAAGACGAGUAAAGGAUGGACCCACUACCAGAGAUCCUGUCUUACACAGUUCGCCUCAUACCCUGUCUGGCACAACUUGCUGUGUAACAACGACCUGGACUGUCCUGACCCCUACAGUCACUGCUUGACAGGCAGAUGUGUCUGUUCUUCUGGUACAGUCUUCAGAAAAAACGAGGCUGCUUGUCGUGUUACAGAAGAGUCAUGCCAAAGUUGGAAGGAGGAUGGAGGAGAGACCGGUGUUCACUCCAUUCAGAUGGCAGACAACAAAGAAAACCUGACAGUGUGGUGCGACAUGGACUCUAACGGCGGCGGUUGGCUGGUUUUCCAAAGACGCCGCGAUGGUUCAGUUGACUUCUACAGGAACUGGACAGACUAUGAAAACGGCUUUGGUGACGUCACUGGGAAGUUCUGGCUGGGCUUGUCCAGGUUGCACAGACUGACCAAAGACAAACCUGCCCGACUGCGUGUUGACCUCAGGGAUGUGAAUGGCGAGAGUUACUAUGCUGAGUAUUCAUCAUUCAGUGUGGGUGGUCCUGAGACAAACUACAGACUGACUGUGUCCACCUACUCGCCUGAAGCAAUGAGAUUUUUAAGUGAUGGCAUGGCGUAUCACAACAGCCAAAGUUUUUCAACCUAUGACCGAGACAACGACAAAUACCCUGGCAACUGUGCUGCUGAGUUUCACGGCGCCUGGUGGUUCAACACCUGUUUCAACUCUGACCUCAACGGCCGGUACAAGGCUAACGGAGCCACGGGUACCGACGGCAUCACCUGGACUAACAUCCAUUACGACGAUAGAAGCUUCACAUUCAGCGAGAUGAAACUCAGACCAGCCUAACAUCACCUUGUCCCCUGUACUCUCACUGUUUAAAACCCUAGUCUACUAUACAGGGCAGUUUCAUAGUAGUUUCAUUGGCUACUUUGAUGGUAUUGCUAAUUCUUGUCUAACAUUGAAAUAAAAUUACGA